AUGGGUACUUUUGUGCAUAACAACGAAAUAAGCCCUGAACCAGAUGGAGGAGUCGUCAAGGAUGAGUCCGUUGUGACGAAGAAGAGGGGGACUGGAGCAUACUUGACAUGGGAAGAUCUCGGCGUAAGUGUGGGCAAAGAGGGAUGUACAUCCAUACUUACUGGUGCCACUGGUUACGCUAAACCAGGAGAGAUCGUUGCCAUCAUGGGUCCUUCUGGCUGUGGCAAGUCCACUCUCCUUGAUUCUUUGGCUGGGCGAUUGGCUUCGAACACAAGGCACGCAGGAAGAGUUCUAAUCAACGGAUGUAAACAAAGGCUUACGUAUGGCACUUUGGCAUAUAUGACUCAGGAACAAGUUUUAACAUGGACUCUAACUGUUAAAGAAACAGUCUACUACUCAGCUGAGCUUCAACUGCCUAAGUUGAUGCCAAAAUCAGAGAAGAGGGAGAGAGCUGAUAGAACUAUAAGGGAUAUGGGGCUCCAAGAUUCUAUGAACACAAGAAUAGGAGGGUGGGGGAUUAAAGGACUCAGCGGUGGUCAAAAGCGGCGCGUAGGCAUCUGCUUACAACUCUUAACACACCCCAAGCUUCUCUUGCUUGAUGAGCCUUUGAGUGGUCUCGAUAGUGCAGCGUCGUACUACAUCAUGAACCGGAUUCUUAAACUCACUCAACAAUACCAGAUGACAGUUGUUGUAGCCAUCCAUCAACCUAAUAGUCAUGUUUUUGGGCUUUUCAACAAUCUUUGUCUUCUCUCUUUGGGGAAGACAAUAUACUUCGGUCCUACUUUUGCAGCAAAUCAGUUUUUUGCAGUGAAUGGCUUUCCAUGUCCAGAUCUACAAAAUCCUGCUGAUCAUUAUCUCAUAACUAUCAACACAGAUUUUAAUGAGGAACCCGUUUGUGGAGAGAAUCCUGUUGAGCAAGUAAUCGAUGUACUUGCUGAAUCGUACAAGUCAUCUGGGAUAUAUAUGGAAGUAAGAGGUGAAAUUGCUACACUAAAUGAAGAGGUAGGAGGCCUAGUUGAUGGAAAAAGAAGCUUGCAAGCCAAUUUCAUUACACAGUGUCUGGUGCUAACUGAAAGAUCAUUCAUAAACAUGCAUCGUGAUCUAGGAUACUACUGGCUGCGACUUUUCAUAUAUAUCGGGUUGGGUUUUGCAUUAGGAUCACUCUUCCACGAAAUUGGUUCCGGAUUUGGAUCCAUCAAUGCUAGGGUUUCAAUGGUCGUGUUUGUUUCUUCAUUCCUGCCCAUGUUAGCUAUCGGUGGCUUCCCUUCGUUCAUGGAGGAAAUGAAGGUUUUCCAAUGGGAAAGAUUAAGCGGGCAUUAUGGGGUUGGAUCUUUUGUUAUCAGCAAUGCCAUCUCUUCAAUACCUUACCUACUUGCCAUUUCUUUAAUCCCAGGAGUUAUUGCUUACUCACUCAUGGGACUUCAAAGAGAACCCAAACAAUUCACCUAUUUUGCAUCAGUCAUCUUUGCAUCAAUGUUACUAGUUGAAUCUCUCAUGAUGGUCGUAGCUGCCAUUGUGCCAAAUAUGCUCAUGGGAAUCAUAUCCGGUGCUGGAAUCCUAGGAUUGAUGGUACUAGGUGCAGGAUACUUUCGGUUGCCAAACGAAAUACCUGAUGUAUUCUGGAGAUACCCAUUGUACUACAUUUCCUUCCACAGGUAUGCAUUACAGGGUUUGUACAAAAAUGAGUUUGGAGGGCUUAAGUUCCCUGAGUACCAAGGAGGUCCUCCUACCGUUGAUGGUAAGAUUAUAUUGACGGGUACAUUGCACAUCGAGAUGGGAUACUCUAAGUGGAUUGAUCUUGGAAUCUUGUUUGGUAUGGUGGUUUUAUAUAGGAUAAUACUCUUCUGUACCAUUAAGACAAUAGAGAGGGUGAAGCCUAUUCUUCGAGUUUUCAUGUCUGCAAAUCGUUUAAAGUCGGAUAUCAAAGGAGAUGAUAACUCCAAAUUCUUUUACAAUACCAUUAAAUGGAGAGAGAUGAAGAACAAUAUAUAUGGCUUAUCUAUUUACGAUAUUUGGAAUGAUGAUGUUGGUGAAAUUAAGUAA